AUGUGGAAACCGUCGGAGAGGCUGAUGGAAACCAUCAGGCACUAUGCCAACUUCCCCGCAACCGGGGUCUCACUGAGGCAGAUGGUCCAAUUUGGUGAUCGCCCAUCGACCGGCACCCUGUUCCGCGCCUCGCAGUUUCUUUCCGAAGAGCUCCCGAUCCGCCUUGCGCACCGUGUCCAGGAUCUAGGCGAAUUGCCCGACGGGCUCAGUGAAAUGCCCUCCAUCAAAAAAGUCCAGGACUGGUAUGCGCAGUCCUUCGAGGAAAUCAUCACCCUCCCCCGCCCCUCCCUGACUCAAGAGGUGAAGUCGCGCUUGUUGCGACCAGGUCGCAUGAAUGGCGGGGCGUCCAAGAUUCUCUCCGAGACCACCCAGAAUCCCAGCGUGCGGGAGGGGCAGUACCGCUCAUCGCCCGCACCCGUCAAUGGCAACGGGAACGGGAAAGCCGCGCCCACAUCGGCACGACGGUAUUUCGUCCCCGCAGACGACCAUGCGGACUGGCCUCCCGAAUUGAACGAUUACAACCAACGAUUUGCCAAAACACUGCAGCAGAUCAAGCGGCGACACGACAGCGUCGUGACGACGGUCGCCCAGGGCAUCCUCGAGUGGAAACGGGCACGGCAGCGAAUGCAAAUCGACUCGACUGUUCAAUCCUUCCUCGACCGGUUUUACAUGUCGCGAAUUGGGAUCCGAAUGCUGAUUGGGCAGCACAUUACAUUAACGGAACAAACCCACGUAAAACACGCUCAUUACGUCGGUAUCAUUUGCACCAAGACCAACGUCCGUGACAUUGCGCUGGAGGCCAUUGACAAUGCCCGGUUCGUCUGCGAAGACUACUAUGGUUUAUUCGAGGCGCCCAAGGUGCAGCUCGUGUGCAAGGACGACCUGAACUUCAUGUAUGUGCCGGGCCACUUGUCGCACAUGUUGUUUGAGACGCUCAAGAACUCUCUGCGUGCCGUGGUCGAGCAGCACGGUGCUGAGAGAGAGGACUUUCCCGUCACCAAAGUGAUUGUGGCCGAAGGCAAGGAGGACAUCACCAUCAAGGUUUCGGACGAGGGCGGUGGCAUCCCGCGGUCGGCGAUCCCCUUGGUGUGGACGUACAUGUACACGACCGUGGAGCAGACCCCUAACCUUGAUCCGGACUUUGACAAGAGCGACUUCAAGGCUCCCAUGGCCGGGUUCGGGUAUGGACUGCCGAUUAGUCGGCUGUAUGCGCGUUACUUUGGGGGAGACCUGAAGCUGAUCAGCAUGGAGGGAGAUGGCCGGGUCCGGUUCACCACCUCGCACCGUCUGCACCCCUCCUACAUCGGACCGGAGCCCACCCCCGCGCCAUCUCGAGGACUGACGCCCAUGAAUGUGCAGGCCCUGCGCUCCCGUAUGCGCACUCGUGAAGUGUCGGAGCGCAAGCAAGUGGGCGAUGCGGCGAGUCUUUUCCAGCUGGAACAGCCUCGGAGAGAGGAAGAGAUGUGA